AGAGGUUGAGGGAGGGGAAGAGAGAAGCAAAAGGGAACAGAAGGAAGUGGAGAAAUAGACCCGAAAUACGUUUAUUAGCCGCAGUCUUCCCAAUAACCGCGGAACCCAAUCAACACUGCCAGUUCUUUACUGGGAAACGGCUAGUGUCAAGGAUUCCCCCGGUAGUUUACCAAUGGGGUUCUUUUGAUUUCAUGUUCCUUCCAGGCUUUCGGGCGACGCCAGGAAUCCGGGGUUUUGUUCUGGAGGAUAUCCGAAAACCUUGUUGGAAAAGACCGAUUUUGCCGGCAACUAUAAAGUUUCGGCUCCUCUGUUUUGUUUUCUUUUUUUCGGGUUUUUUGGCGGGAUGAACUAACUAGUUACUUACUGUACGGAGUACCUGGAUAUUCUUGGGACUUUGGGCGCCCCGGGUUGAUUUUGUGGGGUUCCUAAGCUAGUUAUAUUUACCCAUUUCUAUCUUUAAACGUGAUAUAAUUUGGAAGCGAUUGAAUAUUCCAACCGAUGUAAAUGGAAUAUUGAAUCUGCUACAUACUCCGUAUAUGUAUAUAUUUUAUCACUUAUUUCUAUUGGUUUUGAAUAAGCGGUGACGUCGCUUCCAAGGUUGUUUUUCGUCUUCUGGAUCUCGAAGAUAUGGCUGUUGGAUCCCUGCCCUGCUCAAGGGUCGUUUGAGUACCCGCAUCAGCACAAUGAUAUUCUAAAAAAGUUGUUUCCCUGGGGAGGUAGUAUAUUUGGGAAUUCCUUAUUACUAUAGGUAUUCUCCUGUUGUAGCCGAUGGAGUUGCAGAUCUUUCCUGAGAGGGGAUCUGGUACGGAAUUUUAGCUAUGCGAGGGGACAAAGACAAGAAUCAUCAUAUGCCAUUUGUGACCACUAUCGCAGCCUGUGAACAAGACAAAUACGGAUCUCAAUGGAGUAUAUAUUCUUUGUCGUCUGCUUUAUUCCGCAUUUUCCAUUGUUCAACCAACUACGCCGUCGUUGCCUAGGCUGUUCAUGUGUGCUGGACCUCGGCAUUUCCGAAUCGCAUUUCAGCUCAGGAGGCGACAAAACCGCCAACAAUAAAUUUAUAACUGAAAUCUAUCUCCUGCGACAAUCGUUUGUUUUGUUUCUAGGAUUUCUGAGGCUGGUGGGAAAUUGAUCGUUUUGUGCUUGUAUAUGUUACCUCAAGCAAUCGUCUUUCUUCUAACCUCCGUAUCCCCCACUCUUCCCGGUCAUCGUCCCGCCAUACAACCGCCGCCAUGAAAGUUACACUCUUUGAACCUCCGCCGCAGGACCCGUCCAAGUCUCACAUAGAGAAUAUCCUCGAGCUGACCCCUGUAUCCGACAUUGGGCCGGACGUAUUUACAAACACCCGGCCACUAUGGCAUCCCCCUGGUGCGCGCGGAAUUUACGGCGGUGCUGCUAUUGCCCAGUGCCUUGCUGCCGCCCAGUUAACCGUUGGGCCUGAAUUCUCUCCGCAUAGCAUGCAUUGCUACUUCGUGUUGGCCGGCGACUCUGAAAUCCCCGUCGUAUACCAUGUCGAACGUGUUCGGGAAGGACGAUCUUUCGCAACUCGUACCGUACAGGCACGCCAAAGGGGCAAACCCAUUUUCACAACCACGAUAAGUUUUGACCGUGAGGGAGGCGGCGGCGUGAAAAAGGUUGAGCAUAGUACACAGAAACCGGACGUGGCGCUGCCGCCGGCGAAUGGAAAUACUGUCGACAGAGGCCCUUUUGAGACGAGAAGAGCGGGAAUUCUUAAUAGGACUUCUCCCCGUGCAGAACAAAAAGCCAUCCACCAGUUCAUCCGUGCACGCUGUACCAUCACUGGCGGGCGCAAAGCUCACCUUUCCGCUCUCGCAUACAUGUCCGAUAGCUAUUUCAUCGGCACCGUUGCGCGGGUCCAAAACAUCCCUCGCUUCGAGUCCCCUAAAGCUCUAAAAGCAGCUAUCUCCAAGCUGAAAAAUCCCUCUGAUCUGGACAUCGAGGAAAUAGAGAGAUCCACCAGGGAGCUUGCGCGGCAAGAAGCCGCUGAAUUCUCCGCUGGCUAUAUACAAGAAGAUUCUGGUGCUACUUCUCGAGAGCCACCGCGGAAGAUGGGCAUGAUGGUCAGUUUAGAUCAUACUAUUUACUUCCACAGUCGUGGGGGAUUUAGAGCGGACGAGUGGCUGUUCACGGAGAUGACGAGCCCGUGGGCAGGGGAUGAGAGAGGGCUGGUGAUGCAAAAGAUCUGGGCACAGGAUGGGACACUGGUGGCGACGUGUGUGCAGGAGGGCGUUGUGCGGCUGAAGCAAGAAACUCCCAGCAAGGCGACUAAACUGUAAAAACAUGCAGGGUUAUUCCCAACUGACUUUUCUCCUUCCUCUUUUUUACUUUUCCUCUUAUGUUUUAUAUUUGCCGCCCCCCUCUGGUGCGUUCUCCUUUACGCCAUUUUUUCUAUUUUUUUUUUCUCCUUGAUAUUGAGUUUAUAGACAUUUCCGGAUAGACGUACUUUACACUUGCGUGUUAUUUCUUGUGUGGUUUUUGAUAUCACCAGACCUUGCAUCAACUGCCCUAUUCCGCGCGUUUUUUAAUAUUCUUCUUCUCGGUUUUCUUUUCUUCUGGGCGACUAAUACCCGCAGAAAAUUGCAUCGUCUAUCAAAUAUUUUGGGUGUUGAUUAAUUUUCUAUUAUUAUUUUCCCAUUCCUGUCUAUCCAUCGAAGUAUAUGUUUACACUGCAACCUCUCACAUACAUUAUCUACCACAACGUUGCUUAUUACGGCGACUUAAAACAGGGCCAUCUUCACUGCGCCUGGCAUACUAGGUAAGUGAGCUUGCGAGAGGAGCAAGCUUCGGGCUUGCAAGUUUCUCAUGUCUACCCCAGCUCACGUUCGAGGUGUCCCGCAAGCCAAACGUUGUCUUCAUACCCCCAGGAUAACGUGCAAAUAUACCACCGUGGCCGGGGUAACCUGGAAACUUGCAGCCAGAAGUCCUGCAUGCUCUCGGAUGCCUCGCGGAAGAGCAUGAUGUGGAAGGUAUACUGAAUCUAGGCCAAAAUCAGCAAGCACAAGCCAUUCCCGCUGUAGAAGCCGUGUCAGUAUCAACAUCAACAUCACAGCUUUGACGACUACCGACCGGGAUACGUUCUAUAUUUCGCUUAGGCUACAAUCUGUUUCCCAGAAUCAAGUGAUCCGGUGCUUGUAACCGGAGCAUCCCCCUUGGCAUGUCACUCUUAAGGUUCUGAAAACAUUGAUAUCCGGCAUGCCCUACAAUCCGCGCUUUCGGGCACUGCGCCUACACAGCAGUGCCUUCUCCGUCAUAUCCUUGAUAUCGACGCAGAUGGUGCGCUUUUUUUUUUUUUUUUGUUUUCAUUGCGCGUACCCUUUGUAUAUACAAUUUCCUAGUCCCUGGUGGAGCUAGGUAAAAAUGGGUGGGGAAUGAGAAGCAAUACGCUGAGUUUUCGCUGGUUCAUCAAGUUCACACGCACGGAAACGCAUUGAAAUUGCAUAUGUCGGUGGCACUUUGAAGAGUGAGUUCAGACAUAAUGAUUUGUCGAAAACGGCUAUUCUCUGCAGUGGUAGGCGAAUGUGUCAGGAUCCUGAAAAUCUCAUCCUAGCUUCCCUAGAAACGCUCGCUUAGUAUUGCGGGACGUGUGUAUGUAUGUACAUACAUCAUUUAAAUCAGGUUGAAGGAGGUACUUUAACCGUGACAACGUACACAGGAUUUUUUCUUCCCUUCUUUCUUUCUGUUCCCUUCGUCUACUUUGGUGAAUAUUGACCGGAGAAGAAUGGACUUUGCGCGUUCUCACUCAUCCAUUGCUGCCUCAUCAGCAUUUGUAUCUCGCACAGGGAGCCCUAGAGCACAUAUCACAGAGAGAUAUGUAUAUCCCGAAACAAAUUGUCCCGCCUGUAACCUAUCCUAUAUUACGG